CCGUGUGCUUGGAGGGGUUACAGAGAGCCCUACUUGUUCAGUUUCAGGCCUGUUUUCUACAGCUUGCACUUAAAAAGGAUGGUGAAUCAAAUUAUUGGGUGGCAAGUCAGAUUCUGCAUUUACCUCAUGCUCCAUUUGGGUUAUUUCUUUGAGAACCUUUCUUUUAAAGCAGUUUUAUCACAUUGUCCCUUUUAGAUCUCAUGGGGUACCCCUGAGGAACACCUACUGUUUGUAUCUUUGGGGCUGUAGGAGAAGAAAUGGGGACCCAAGGACCUUCUCCCAGCUCCCUGCCCUGUUGGCAGUGCCUCCUGAGAUAGAUGGUGUGAUGAUGUGGGCAGACCUGCUGCACUUGCUCUGUGCCAGGCAUCAUGUAUUAGCUCGUUUAGUCCACACAGCCACCCUGAGAGUCAAACGCUUCAGAGAACCAAAGCAUGAAAGACGUCCAUGGAAGAUAUGGUUUUUAGACACUUCCAAACAAGCCAUAGGAAUGCUGUUCAUCCACUUUGCAAAUGUAUACCUAGCAGAUCUCACUGAAGAGGAUCCUUGUUCACUGUACCUCAUCAACUUCCUCCUGGACGCCACCGUGGGCAUGCUGCUGAUCUACGUGGGCGUGCGUGCCAUCAGCAUCUUAGUGGAGUGGCAGCAGUGGGAGUCCCUGCGUUUUGGCGAAUAUGGAGACCCUCUGCAGUGUGGAGCCUGGGCCGGGCAGUGUGCUCUGUACAUCGUGAUCAUGAUUUUUGAAAAGUCUGUCGUCUUCCUCGUCCUCCUGAUACUUCAGUGGAAAAAGGUGGCCCUGUUGAAUCCCAUUGAAAACCCAGACCUGAAACUGGCCAUCGUCAUGCUGAUCGUCCCCUUCUUUGUCAAUGCUUUGAUGUUUUGGGUAGUGGACAAUUUCCUCAUGAGAAAAGGGAGGACGAAAGCUAAACUCGAAGAAAGGGCAGCCAACCAGGAUUCGAGGAACGGGAGCAAGGUCCGUUACCGAAGGGCUGCAUCCCACGAGGAGUCGGAGUCUGAGAUCCUGAUCUCGGCCGAUGACGAGAUGGAGGAGUCAGACGUGGAGGAGGAUCUCCGUGGACUGACCCCCCUGAAGCCGGCAAAGAAAAAGAAGCACCGCUUCGGGCUGCCCGUAUGACACAUUCCCGUGCCGGGGGUCAGGUUUGGGGGCCCAGCCAGCUGCUGAGUCAGCAGAUGGUCGCUGCACAGCGUCAUUCCUUCCCUCCUCUCUCUGCCCCUCCUCUUCUACCUCCGCUUCUCUCGCUGUCUCUGCCCACUCCCAGACUACUGUGACUUGAGAGCGGGAAGGUGAGCCAGCGCCGAGGGGGCCGUGGCAGUCGGAGGUCCCACUCAGUUGCACUACAAACACUGACCAAAUAUGCAAGCGAGGCGUUCUGUUUGUUUGUUCUUGUCCGGAGUGGUGGUGUGAGGGACCCAGAAGCCCUGUCCUGUGUUGGGCUGGGUGGCAUUGAGGAAGAAAACUCACGCACACGGACUGUGGGUGGAGCCUUUCCCCAAGGCUCAGGAAAUGUGAAGACAACAGUUUUGGGCUAAAAGUCACUCAUUGACCAAGUUGGAAUCAUAAUGCUUUCUUACUCGAAAUGGCUUUUGUAACUAUUGAUUUCUAAAGCCGGUUUUACGAGCUGUCACAGUGUUACCGUUUUUUGAUUAGGUGUUUAUUUCCUAUGGGACUAAUGGGCAAAACAUAGAUUUUUAAGUCUUCCGUA